AUGGUGGGUAAAUGAAGAUUGGUCACUCAGGCCAUUAACCAUUGAAAACAAUAGUAAGUUCCGGGCUACUUAACUAGGGGGAUCUCCCGUAGACACCAACGCAAUAGCAGCUGGGUCUGGGCUACUUAGUUCAUUGACCCUCCCAAAAAAAACUAUUGCGAGUGGGGUGUCUCGCUUCCACUUCUAUCUCUGAUUACAACUAGAUGUGUUAGGACCGCCCUCUCGAUGAAUGAGGAAGUUAGUUAGCUGCUAGCAUAGUAUGCUAAUGGAUUUCAGAUUUUUCUGUUGUUGUAAUUAAAGGUUUCAAGAAGGCAUACAUCACCUUUCCAUUAUUGCGAGGAUACUUUACUUUUGGACGGAAUUACUGUUUCAACGGGGAAGCCGUUUUCCGAGUAUGAAACAACCGAAUUUAUGAGUUAGCGCGUGGGUAUGUUUACAAAACAGGUGAAGCUCCCCAUCCGAAAGUUAGCUAGGCGAUCUAGCUAGCUAUAUUAAGCCAAUAAGCUAUCCAAAUAGCACAGCUGGAAGUAAAAUGUGUUGGAUAAUGCUAUAGUAAAUACAUUUUACCAAUCUAGAUGUACAAUUCCGGGUACAGUAAAUUACUCUAGUUGUAGCUGAAGUUAUAGCUAAAAAGCUAAAUUAGCUAAGUUAGUUUGCGAAUGUUUUGGCGCAACCCUAAGGUUCCCCACGCGCAGAACUGUUAUUACGCUGAAGAAGAUAAAGUAUGUAAAUUAUAUAAAUAGUCUCUAAAAAGACUACGAAUGGAAUGGGAAAACACAUGAUAUUCUUGUUAUGACGCGAUUGUGUGCACCUGUUGACGUCGUCACAUUAUACCUAUACACUAGCUAUAACUAACGUUAUAGUCUAGCUAAACAAAUUGAGGGUUUGUCAACAUGGCAAGUGCCUUAGCAGCUAAAAUGGGACUCAACUCAUUGAGAAGAAAACAAGCCAAGAACUUCAAUGUCAGGAUCACCACAAUGGAUGCAGACAUGGAAUUCAGUUGUGAGGUCAAAUGGAAGGGAAAAGAUCUUUUUGAUCUGGUGUGCCGGGCUCUGGGACUGAGAGAGACGUGGUUCUUCGGGUUCCAGUAUGAUGUCAAAGACGCUGUAGCCUGGAUCAAGAUGGACAAGAAGGUUUUGGACCACGAUGUGUCCAAGGAGGAACCAAUCACCCUUAAUUUCCUGGCCAAGUUUUACCCUGAGAACGCAGAGGAGGAGUUGGUUCAGGACAUCACUCAGCGUCUCUUCUUCCUACAGGUGAAGAAUAAGAUCCUGGAAGAGGAGAUCUACUGCCCUCCUGAAGCCUCGGUGCUGCUGGCCUCCUAUGCCGUCCAGGCCAAGUAUGGAGACUAUGACCCCAAUGUCCACAAACUAGGCUUUCUGGCUCAAGAGGAACUCUUACCAAAGAGGGUUAUCAACCUUUACCAAAUGACAGCAGAGAUGUGGGAGGAGAGAAUCACUUCUUGUUAUGCUGAGCAUAGAGGGAGGACAAGGGAAGAUGCUGAGAUGGAGUACUUAAAAAUAGCUCAGGACCUGGAGAUGUACGGCAUCAAUUACUUUCCCAUCAGGAACAAGAAGGGAACAGAUCUCCUGCUGGGAGUGGAUGCCUUGGGUCUACAUAUCUACGAUCCAGACAACAAGUUAACCCCCAAAUGUUCCUUCCCCUGGAAUGAGAUUCGCAACAUCUCCUACAGCGACAGAGAGUUUGCCAUAAAGCCUCUGGACAAGAAAACAGACGUGUUCAAGUUCAACUCCUCCAAGUUGAGGGUUAACAAGUUGAUCCUGCAGCUGUGCAUGGGGAACCAUGACCUGUUCAUGCGGAGGAGGAGGGUAGACUCUCUAGAGGUGCAACAGAUGAAGGCCCAGGCCCGAGAGGAGAGGGCCAGGAAACGGGUGGAGAGGCAGCGGUUAGAGAGGGAGAAGCACCUGAGAGAGGUGGCAGAAAGAGCCAGGGACGAUCUGGAAAGGAGACUGAUACAGCUACAGGAUGAAGCCCACAUGGCCAAUGACGCUCUGCUUCGUUCUGAGGAGACAGCAGAUCUCCUGGCUGAGAAGGCCCAGAUAGCUGAGGAGGAAGCGAAGCUGCUGUCCCAGAAGGCUAGUGAGGCCGAGGCCGAAAUGCAGCGUAUCAAGGUGACAGCCAUCCGCUCAGAGGAGGAGAGGAGAAUGAUGGAGCAGAAGAUGCUGGAGGCGGAGAUGAUGGCCCUCAAGAUGGCUGAUGAGUCAGAGAGGAGGGCAAUGGAGGCUGACCAGCUGAAGCAGGACUUGCAGGAAGCCAGGGACUCUGAAAGGAGGGCCAAACACAAGCUGCUAGAGAUCACCAGCAAGUCUACCUACUCGCCCUCGGCCGUCCCAGGUGAUGUGAUGCCUCCAGACCUGAGCUUCAGCAGAGAGAACCUGAGCUUCGACUUCAAAGACACAGACAUGAAGCGCCUCUCCAUGGAGAUCGAGAAGGAGAAGGUGGAGUACAUGGAGAAGAGUAAGCACCUUCAAGAACAGCUGAAUGAGCUGAAGACAGAGAUAGAGUCUCUGAAGCUGAAGGAGCGAGAAACGCCUCUGGAUAUACUCCACAACGAGAACACUGAGAAGGGCACCAGCAAGCACAGCAACUUCAAAAAGCUAACUCUACAGAGCACCAAGACCAGAGUGGCUUACUUUGAAGAACUAUAGAUGUCACCAGGGACGUGUGUGUGCGUGCUUGACUGUGUGUGCGUGCUUGACUGUGUGUGUGCGUGCUUGACUGUGUGUGUGCGUGCUUGACUGUGUGUGUGCGUGCUUGACUGUGUGUGUGUGUGGCUUGACUGUGUGUGUGUGUGUGUGUGUGCUUGACUGUGUGUGUGUGUGUGUGGGGCGUGUGUGGGCGUGUGUCUGUUUGUGUGACGCGCACGUCUGUGUGCGUGCACGCAUCUCUGCGUGCACGUGUGUCUUUAUGAACAUGUCUCUGGAGAAACUUUAUCACUACAGUACAUUCCAUACUAUGUGGCCUUUGGCUCCAUUUGCUGGGAAAACCACAACUGCAGUCAAACGAUGGACCACUGCCUAGGUCAAAACUAAUUUAAGAACUGAAGUUUACAUACUGUAUAGGCCAAGAGAGACAAAUCAUGAGUUACACUUUAAUUUACAUUCCACUACUUCUUACCUGAUAUUUACCUUAAAAUAACCAAACAAUACUUACAAUAACUACAGUUUGUUAUUUGUGUAACAUUGAAACAAACAUACUAUUCACCAUUCACUAGCAGGUAGGUAAAGUAUGUUUAAUUAUGUAUCAGUAUCCUUACCACUCAAAUAAGUGCAUAAUGAAUAUUAACAGGUAAAUACCACUGAAAAAUUACAGUAAAAUAUUAUCAACUCAUGUAUCACGUCACCUCGUCUCUGGCUGCCGUAAGUGAAUUUCUGUAUAGGUGUUCUCUAAUACGAAGGUACCAAGUGCACUAUAUUCUGUUCUACCCUUUAAAAGCAGAGUGGAAUAGCCUUUGAACUCAGACUGGGUGAAGAUGAAGGAAUGGUAAGAGUAUUAAUGUACAAUAAUCCAGUGUACAUCUAGCACAGUUUUCCUGAAUCCUGAUCCUGGGGACCCACAUCGAUGCACAUUUUUGUUGUUUUGCCCUAGCAUUAACACACUUCAUUCAACUAAUCAGCUCCUCAUCAAUGCUUUGAUUAGUUUAUUCAGUUGGGCUGGGGCAAAAACUAAAAUGUGUGGGGUGAACAUUUUGAAUCCCCAUGACCAGGAUUGGGAAACACUGAUCUAGCCUAUCGUUGGUACUUUUGGGAAAAAUGUCAGGGUUAUGUUUCUUUUUUAAGCUCUUUGAACAAACUUGAGUUUGCAUUCCAUUCUAUUGUAUUGCUCUAAUACAGUGCACUCUGAAACAGUUUGCAUAUUUUGUUACAUUACAGUCUACACGCAAUACCCCAUAAUGACAGAGAAAACAGGUUUGUAUAAAUGUUUGCGAAUGUAAAUAAGGUAUUUCUGUGUUUUUAUUUGUAAAAGUAUUCAGCCUGUUUGCUAUGAGACUUGAAAUUGAGCUCAGGUGCAUCCUGUUUCCGUUGAUCAUCCUUGAGAUGUUUCUACAACUUGAUUGGAGUCUACCUGUGGUAAAUUCAAUUGAUUGGACAUGAUUUGGAAAGGCACACACCUCUCUAUAUAAGGUCCCUCAGUUGACAGUGCAUGUCAGAGGUUGAAGGAAUUGUCCGUAGCUCUCAGACACGAUUGUGUCGAGGCACCGAUCUGGGAAAGGCUACCAAAAAAUGUCUGCAGCAUUAAAAGUCCCACAGAACACAGUGCCCUCCAUCAUUCUUAAAUGGAAGAAGUUUGGAACCACCAAGACUUCCUAGAGCUGGCCACCCGGCCAAACUGAGCAAUCAGAAGAGAAGGGCCUUGGUCAGGGAGGUGACCAAGAACCUGAUGGUCACUCUGACAGCGCUCUAGAGUUCCUCAGUGGUGAUGGUAAAACCUUCCAGAAGGACAACCAUCUCUGGUGAAACUAAGAUUAAACUCUUUGGCCCGAAUGCCAAGCGUCACGUCUGCAGGAAACCUGGUACGAUCCCUACGGUGAAGCAUGGUGGUGGCAGCAUCAUGCUGUGGGGUUCAGGGACUGGGAGACUAGUCAGGAUCGAGGGGAAACAUGAACGGAGCAAAGUACAGAGAUCCUUGAUGAGAACCU